AUGCUCCUCUUCAGAGGCAGUGGCAACUCUCAUGGAGGACUGGGCUUAUUUUUCACCAUUGUCCUCGCUGCGGCGACAUUUCUGUGGCUGGGCGUCGUGUCUGAAAUUGUCCCCGAGCCGUAUCUGGACGAAGUCUUUCAUAUUCCUCAAGCUCAAAGAUACUGCCGAGGCAAAUUCCUAGAAUGGGACGACAAAAUUACAACUCCUCCCGGACUGUACUGGAUCUCCAUCUUGAUCCCCCAAGCAGCCAAAACAAGCGGCCUCAUAUCGUCCUACACAUGCGACCCCAAGACUCUCCGGGCCACAAACGCAGUCGGCAUCCUCGUCCUGGCCUACCUUGCCCUGCAGUGCCGGAAAGAAAUCGAAGCACGCCUCCUGCACCAAGCGCAUUCAGCCGUCCGCAUGAACAGCAUAUCGCAGUACGCCAUGCACACGGCGUUCAACAUUGCGCUGUUUCCCUUGCUGUUCUUCUUUUCGGGGCUGUAUUACACGGAUGUCGUGUCUACUGCUGUUGUUCUCGCGGCGUUUGUGAACCAUUUGCGUCGUGUUGGGAGGUCUCAUACUUCGCUUAUGAGCGAUCUCGUUACGGUUGCGUGGGGGCUUUUCGCUCUGACCAUGCGGCAGACGAAUGUCUUCUGGGUGGUUGUCUUCAUGGGAGGACUGGAGGCUGUUCAUGCGGUCAAGACGUUGCGGCCGGAAAUCGUCAAGCGGCCGUUGAUGACGACGUUGUCGCAGCAGUUGCUGUUUGUUGUCAAGAGGUGGUCUGUUGGGCAUGUGCAUGACUUGCCGCUGCAUAUGGCCUAUCCCGAGGAUAUGCUGUUCACCGCCAUCAGUCUCAUAGUAGCCGCCCUCUGCAAUCCCCUCAGGGUUGUCAGGCAAAUAUGGCCGUACGUCUUUGUCUUGGGCGCCUUUGGCGGGUUCGUGGUGUGGAACGGGGGUGUUGUCCUCGGGGACAAGUCCAACCAUGUUGCGACCAUUCAUCUCCCGCAGAUGCUCUACAUCUGGGCGUUUUUCGCCUUCUUUUCGCUGCCGCUCUUCCUCCCAUAUGCAAUCAUGAUAUUGGACAUCAUCCGAAGUCUGUUCGUCUUGCAAAAGGACGGCGCUGAAACGUCCCCUCACAAGACAAGUGCAACACCCUCAACAAAUACAGCAUCUCAAAGAGAGAUCCCGCUCCCACUGAAGAUAGCCGCCACCGUCUUCAACAAUCAGCUUCUUUGGCCAGUAUACUUGGUCUCGACAUUCAUCCUCUCCGGCCUCAUCGUCCGCUUCAAUACAAUCAUCCACCCCUUUACGCUCGCCGACAACAGGCACUACAUGUUUUACAUCUUCCGAUACACGAUCCGCCGCGCGCCCUGGGUCCGAUACUUUCUCAUUCUACCUUAUACGCUCAGCCGGUGGCUUGUCUGGGGCACGUUAUCCGGCUGCGCGACCUGGACCUUGACGUCUCGUAGCGAAGCUUUCUCACCAUACUAUGACUCGUCACGCCCAUUGCCGUUUGAUUGCGAUCCAUUUGCGAUAGGAAACGCCAACGAGCCUGAAGGAAAACAAAGCUUUGGAUCAGAGUCAAGGACACAAAAUAUAUCGGAGGAAGAACGCGCACAAGAUCCCCUUCUCUUCUCCACAGAACCCGUAUCGACUUCCACAGGCCUCAUCUUUCUCCUGUCAACGACCCUCUCACUCAUCACCGCGCCACUUGUCGAGCCUCGGUAUUUCAUCAUCCCCUGGGUUAUUUGGCGACUCCUCGUUCCAGCGUGGCGACUGCACGACCACCAGGCCAUGGGCAAUACUUUGUUCAGUGCCGAUCCAACGUCUACCUGGGGCAAGAUUAUCAAUUUCUGCCGAGUAUACGAUGUGAGGCUUGUUUUGGAGACAGUUUGGUUUGUCGCGAUCAAUCUCGUCACCGGUUAUAUAUUCCUGUUCAAGCCCUACGUUUGGAGGGCUGGAGAUGGGCGUGUCCUCGACGAGGGGAGACUACAGCGAUUUAUGUGGUAG